AUGAGGAUCCAGGCACAUUUGGAUGAUAUUAGAAGUAUCUUCAGCCACAGACUGGAAAAGAAAUCACAGGCGCAGAGGAGGAUAAUGACGCGGGAACUUCAAGACCAAAUCGUGGACACCAUUGCUUCCAGGGCUCAAGGCAUGUAUGUGUGCUAUUGCUACUUCCCUUGCUCACGGUUCGGCUUCUACAGUCCCCAGUUUUCCAAGCCAAUUAUUUUGCGUGGGACUGAGAGGUUUUUAUGGGCGUCUUUACAAAUCGACAAAGUCCUCAAACAAAUCACGAAAGCAGCGGUCCUCAAGACGUUGAAGAAUAUGCCCAGCACAAUAUAUGGCAGCCGAACGAGUUUUGCUGCUCUCUCCCACGCUCUUUCUAUCGAACUGGAAGACCCACCUACCCAAGAUGUUGACAAGGACAAUAUCGAAACGGUGGUGGAAGCCUGCCGCGGACUUGUAGUGGUAGAAGGAGAUGAAACCCUUCGAUUGGUUCAUUUCACUGUCCAGGAGUACUUCGGUAAGAAUCCGCAAAAGCUCGACGAAAUGUACAUCGCCCGGGUCUGCCUGACAUAUCUCUCGCUGCAAGUAUUCGAGAGCGGAUAUCGAAAUGGCAAGCAGACAUUCCACCAACGGUUACUACAGUACCCACUGCUACCAUACGCGGCAAAAAGAUGGUGCUCCCACGUAGCUGGGGAAGUGCCGUCCGAAAUCGAAGAUGCCGUGGUCGACUUAUAUUGCAAUCGGGGCAAAUUCAGUAGCUAUUGUCAAGCAUACCACUUCAAUGGUGAUCCACGCAACGGCUUCCUUCCCUUCCAAUUUCCGCCAAUUUAUUCGCCCUUACACAAUGCCGUUGAGCUUCAUCUCCUAGGUGUCGCCAGGCGACUGCUUGGAAAAGGCUGGAAUACCUCCAGCCAGACAAUUACACGGCCUACGCCACUCCAUCUUGCCGUAAAGAGUGGAAGAAAAGCCAUGGUAGAUCUGCUCCUUUCAGCAGGAGCCAACAAAUUUUAUCGCGGAGCAGAUCCCAGCAAAUGUGGAACGAACGGAACGCUGCUGAUAGCAGCUGCAUCCCGUGGGCUAGAAGAGCUCUUCACACUCUUGCUCGAUCGCGGUGCGGAUGUUAACGGCAUCAACGAUGAAAUAGUCAAGCUGCUAUUAUAUCAUGAUGUUGAUCCAGAUGUUAGCGGCAAGGACCUACCACUGAAUCAUGCUAUCGAUAAUGGAGAUGACAAAAUCGUCAAGCUGCUAUUAGAUCACGGUGCUGAUCCUAAUGCUCGGAAUUCCCUUCAAGCGUAUGCUCUCGAGACCGCCACGGAAUGUGGAAACAGAAAGCUUGUACGGCUAUUGUUGGAUCGAGGAGCAGAUCUUCAUGCUCGAGGAGGCAUGUGUGGGAGUCUCUUGCACGCAGCGGCUCGAAGCAGCCAUCCUGGAAUGGUUCAGUUCAUGCUCGAUCUUGGAUCGAAAGUCUUCGAGGAUGAUGAAAAGUUUGGUGGAGUCUUGCAUUUGGCCAAGUUAAAAGACUACCCGCUGCUCGUUCGACACGGAGCAAAUGUUAACGCGAAGGGAGGAACUUGUGGCUAUCCCCUUCAAACGGCGGUUGCCAAUCAAGGUUCUGAGGAACAAAAACUGGAAGCCGUCAAGUUUCUCAUACAGGCGGGGGCAGAAAUCAAUGCCGUUGGUGGAUGCUUCAAUACAGCUUUGGAAGCUGCCUGCUUUCUGGGACUGGAAAAGGUCGUUGCCCUGCUCUUAGAAGAAGGCGCGUUACUCACGCCCAAAAGCUAUAAAGGAGGAUCGCCCCCUAUAACCGCUGCGAGGGUAGGUAGAGGGUUCGUGGUAGAAACGUUACUCAAACACGGCGCUCAGGUGAAUCAGCAAGAUGGACGACAUGGUACUGCAAUCCAUGCAGCUACCAGGGGAGGUCAUGACGCCGUUGUCAAGGAAGCAGAGACCACAAUCCCCUGA